UGCUAAUCCUAAUUCAAAUCCUGAUCCUAACCCUAAUAUAAUGCUCGCUCUAUCCCCGGCAAUCAGAACAAGCGGGGCCUCAUUUUCUCACUCUCAUAUAUCGACCCUCUCCCGGCUCGCUCGUAAAGUGAUCAACAAGGAUUGCAUGACUCCCAACUCGACAACAGGUCCCCUGGCCCGUCACACAAACACAGCCAGCACCCAGGUCGACUGACACGGGCGGAGAGCCAAGGGAGGCGGAAUAAUUACAAUAAUCCUGUUGAUUCGUGUUGAUUCGUCAGUCAAAUCUAGCCAGCGCAAACAACCCGAAUCUUUUUCCCGUCGAGCAAUUCUUCCAUCCAGAUUACACCCGCUGUCACAGCGUACGCUUGCCAUCUCGCCCGAGCUUUUCGCCACCCUCCGACGCCAGUUCUGUUCAUCCCAUCGGACGACUCGCGAUCCACGAGGCUGCGGGAGUGCGGAAGAUGUGUCCGGCACGGCUCUCAACCCAAGGGCCAUCGGCAGCGUCAAGAUGGAGCGACGAGGAGCACGACAUACUCGUCGACUUGACGAAUGAACAGCUCGAACUGGAGAAGAAAGACGCGUCGAAGGUCAUUCCUUGGGCCAAACACUGGACUAACGUUUCCGACCGGCUACACAGAAGGGGUCACAGCAGAACAUCGGCCGCUUGCCUUGGAUACUGGAAGCGCACUCUCGGUGCCCAAAAGGCCAAUGAAAAAGCCGCUGGCCCUAGAUGGGACGAUACUGAGCACCAGAUACUACUUGGCAUGACUGAAGAGCAACUCGAAUUGGAGGAGACUGACCCUUCAGCCGUUAUGUCAUGGGCUAAGCAUUGGAAAAGAGUAUCGGAACGCCUGAAAGAGAAUGGUCAUACCAGAUCUGUAGAUGCAUGUGAUGCGUACUGGAACCUGGUGCAAGAUAAAUCUCCUCUUGCUGCUGGGACUGGACUCGAUAUCGAAGACGAAUCUUUGUCCUCUGAGGAACCAUUUGAGGUCAGCUGUGGGGUUGAGUCAAAUGAAAACGAAGAACCUGUCGAGUCGGGGAAAACGCCUGAGCCACCUUCCAAGGUGGAUGCUGAAAGCCCGACUGUUAGCGAACCGAGGAGGACGCCGAGGAGGACGGCUGAGAAGGAUCCCGGACUACCUUCUAAUGAAGAGAUAGAAACAGUUUCUCCCACUCAACCAAACAGGACACCAAGAGGAAGAUCUAGAAAGGACUCUAGCCUGUCGUCCAAAGCCGAAAAGGAGAGUACAUCUCCCAAUCAACCAAACAGAACGCCGAAGGUAAGGUUUCAGCCAUUAUCCUCUUUCCUUCCCGACUUACGGUUUGCGAUCAGAAGCCAGAUGGGGAAUCCAUAAGUCCAGCGCUUGUCGACAAAAUAAAAGCCAUGCUUGGUGAAUUGGGGUAUACUCC